AUCUCUAAAGUGCACAUUACCGUGAUUUUCAUUUAAAGCAGCUGCCUCCAAGCUUUGUUUUAGACUUUAGAUAUCAGAGCCAUCUGAUGUUUGAGCUAAGAAUAUUGAUUUGCAUUUUUUAGGAAAUACGCUGAUUUCUGGAAGGUAAAACUCUCGAAAUUUUACACGAUUUUGAAUCAGUACGCAAUGAAAAUUUGAUUUACUUUAGAGAUAAUUCGUCAGCAGCAAUUAUGUACAGCAGGGCAUCAGUGAGCGACAAUUAAGUGUAUCCACGAUCUCAAGUUGAAUGACUAAAACCUUGUCAAGAUGAGCGUGUUUUCCUGCUCGACGGCUUUCAUCUUAUGCUUCGUCUUGUCCAGUUUAGCGUCAGUUCGUGGCGACUACGGAGCUGGGAAGCUGAAACUUGCCGACCUCCUGCCAGAGGACGCGCGAAGCUACGACAAGAUGCGGCCACCUCGCAAGAACGGCAGGCCUACGCAAGUCUUCUUCCACGUCACUGUUAUGGGCAUAGACUCCAUCAACGAGAACAGCAUGACUUACGCUGCGGACAUCUUCUUUGCGCAAAAUUGGACAGACGAGCGGUUGCGUUUGCCGGAAAACAUGACUUCAGACUACAGGUUGCUGGAGGUUGAGUGGCUGAAUGAAAUGUGGCGCCCCGACAGCUACUUCAAAAACGCCAAGCAGGUCACCUUCCAGACCAUGACAAUCCCCAACCAUUACGUGUGGCUCUACAAGUCCAAGAUGAUCCUCUACAUGGUCAAGCUGACACUGACGCUAUCCUGCGCAAUGAACUAUGCCAUCUACCCGCACGACACUCAAGAGUGCAAGCUCCAGAUUGAAAGUUUGUCCCAUACAACCGAGGAUCUCGUAUUCGAGUGGCAAGAAGAUGUUCCCCUGGCAGUGGACGAGAAUAUUCAAUUACCUCAGUUUGAUCUGAUCCACAACACUACGGCUGACUGCACUCAGAUCUACUCUACCGGGAAUUUCACAUGCCUGGAAGUUGUGUUUACACUCAAACGGCGUCUAGGCUACUACCUCUUCCAUACCUACAUGCCAACCUGCCUCAUCGUCAUCAUGUCGUGGAUAUCGUUUUGGAUCAAGCCCGAGGCAGCGCCAGCCCGCGUUACACUCGGCGUGACGUCACUGCUGACUCUGUCAACGCAGCACGCUAAGUCCCAGGCUUCGCUGCCUCCAGUCUCUUACAUCAAAAUCAUCGACAUGUUCAUGAACUCCUGCACCAUCUUCGUGUUCUUGGCGUUGAUGGAAUACGCUCUUGUUAACUUUGUGCUGGGCGACGGACCGGACGUGCCGUCUGUCCCCAAGAAGCCUUCUCCUGAACCUGCAAGAGCCGCCCCUGGCAGGAAGAGGUCUUCUCUCGACCACUCGGCAACAAACUCUUGCCGGGAGCGAAGUUUCGGAGACAUUGAAGUUCCGCUACGACACCGAUUCUCGGAAAACAGCCGAAUUAUGUGUGUGGCGAAGCAACUACGUCUGUCUCACUCAUCGUCGCCAGUUUUGAACUACUCCGCCACCACCCGUUCUAGUCCCGAGCCGGCGGAACACAAUUCUGUGCGUGAUGACCUACCCACAAGCAGUGUCGAACGAGACAUCGGGACAAUGCCAACUUCUCCUGUAAGCUCGCGAAUAACUUAUAAAUGUGGCCAUCAACUCAAUGAAACCAUCACUACAGCUCGUUCAAAGUCCAUAAACUUGCCGGAACAAAGCUUGUGCCAUGUCCGAGAACGUCAGGGAAGCAGGGCGUCUCAGCCACAAUUGAUUGCAUGCGACUCAUUUUACGCACACGCUCACAAUACCAGUCGUGGUACGAAGUGUCAUCACUCACAGACACACACUCGUUCGUUGUCAGUUGGUCCUUAUUCCCGAAACACAUCGAGGCAAAAAGCACGCGAGGCCAUCGACGAGACAGCUGUGCGCAAGACAUCACUUCACACAGACUUCUUUAGGUCACAUCGGGACAAAGGAUAUCACGCGGAUCUAGACAGAGACGUUGAUGAUGGCCCUGACUCAUAUUUGAACGUCGAUUGUAGGGUCGCACAAGGUAGGGAUAGCCUUGCUAGAGGCAAAGGUCCUAGAGAAUACAAGGUCCCGCCUCCCCCGCCACCCCCCCAGAAGUCGCAACCUGCCCCGGUUAUCAAAGCAGGCUCGAGCAGAAGGGCGAAAGCCAUUGUGAUUGACAGAUUCUCGAGACUUGCUUUUCCACUCUCGUUCCUCUUGGUUAAUCUGAUUUACUGGAUCUCGAUGUGGUCGCACAUCUAAAAACGAAGCGGGAUUUUUCUUCUUGCGGCAUAAGCAUUGUUUCGUACAAAAAUAUAAGAUUACCAUGAGAAAAUUAUCGUACAGCUUUCUGAGGUUUCAGAGCUUAUCAUGAGUCUUCUAUGAUGUAAUCAUCAGAAAUACACCCAAUUUUUCUUCCAUUAUCUCUCAAAUAAUUUUUCCCAAUACGAAUUCUAGUGGCUUUAUCAUAUGUAGUAAAGAUAACAGUGUGAGCUUUGGAUUUUAAUUGAGUGUUAUUUCUUCAGAAAUAUGGAUCGGGUUGUCAAGUUAUUUGGAUCCCAACUUUCUAGACAAGGAUUUUGAAAGCGACAUAAUUUACCAUAUUUUCCUUUACAAACGCUCGCUCGAGCACGAAGUAAGAUAAAUUG